CGAUACCCCGCUAUCCAAAUACACGCGCCACGCGCGGAAGCACAAUAGACCCCUAUAUAUAAGCCCCGGCGUCGAACAAAGCAGCAGCGACUCCGCGACGUGCCUCACGCACACGUCCCGUCGAUAAUUCAAAAGCUCGCGCGAGCGACGCGAAAAUCUGAAAUCGUUCUCUCUCCCACGGCGACGGCAGGCGGUAUGAGAUAGAUAGAAGAGAAGAGGAGACGUGUGGAGGUAUAUAUAGAAGAGGAGAGAGAGAGAGAGAGAGAUAAAAGGAUGUACGCGGAGUCGCAGGACGUGGAGGAGCGAGCGCAGUUACAGCAGCGCGAGACGAGCUGCUGUCUGUCGAGCGUCGAGGGCCGACGAGACGAGAAGAUCGAGGACGCGCCUCACUGCGUCACCUGCUACUGUCUGCCCAGUAAAAUGAAGUGCUCGCGCUAUCGGCAGAUGUACGAGAGAUGCGCCGAGCAGCAGAGGACGCCGGAUUACAACGCCGGGGAUUACAUCCGGCUGCGCUGCAACGACGAGCCUAAGCCGCCACUGCUGUCGAAGUCUAGUAGUAGCCGUCGCGAUGACGUUGAGAAGAGGCUUUGCCGAAGGAGAACCACGACCCUCGACGAACUGCUACGACAGAUGAAGCUCGACGAGACCUUAGCCGAGGACUACACGAAAACCGAGGAAGACGAGCAGGCAGUGGCAGCUUUGUGUCCAAGUCCCCAGCAGGAGCAUCGUCGUCGUCGUAGGCAUCGACCGAGUGGUACCGGCAGUUAUCGGAAUCGACAUCAGGUCGCAAAACUUACGGAGACGUCGGCUCGCAACAGCAGUGACGGCGGACAGAGAUGGAAGAACGAAGAUAUCGUAGUCCCACGGAUCGAGGACAUCGCAGCGGACGCUUCGGUCAAUAAGCCUCCCAACGACGACGUAGACAACUGGCAGCAACGGAGGCUCGAAGAUAACGCCGCGCUGACCGUGGAAAAGGAACGAAGCCACGUAGCCUCGGAGCCCGAAGAAGCAGGCUCGAACUUGCUUAAGGAGUUCGACGGCGAGGCGCACGUGCGCGAACUCAAGCUCGUCCGCUGGGACUUCAUCGAGCGCAUCCACGAGGAGGUUCGCAAGCUUUACCGGCUGCAGCGCCACCUCGAUAGCUGCUCACCCCGAGGGCCGAUCGUACCACACACCCGAAGCGUCUCCACCAUGACCGGCGACGAGCUCGGAGGAGCUUGAACUUUUGUUCGAGAGCUUUUUUUGAGCUUAAUUUUUUAUAAGGAAUUUUAUGAUUUUAGAAUUAAAAGCACUUUUAUUUUUAGAC